AUAUCCCACUCCACCCUGAAUUCUUAGAGAUGCUCCAUAAAACCAACCGCUGACUGACAUUUUUUGGCGCCAAUGUUUUCACGAUAUUUCUGGUUCGUUCGAAGUAAAUUUGUUUUUGAUGUUUUUCUCAGGGAUUCACCUUUAGCAAGACGAUCUGACAUCAGUCGUUGGCUAACAUGUAAUCCCUAUCGUUGUGUGACGAAAAUAAUCGCCGCUUACCUUCGAACUAGCGCGAGAAGAAUGCCAAAGAAAGGAAAAGUCAUGCGGAGCACAGAACAAACACGGCAUAAUGACGAACACGAACCAGGAGUCAUCGAAUCAGCAAUCUUCUCGACCAAAGAUGGUCAGAUCUGUGUGAAAGUGCUGGCAAAACCUGGUGCAAAGCAAAGUAUCAUUACAGAUGGUGUUGGUGUGCAGAUUGCUGCACCUGCGAGGGAUGGCGAGGCAAAUGAGGAACUCGUACGAUAUCUAGCAGAGGCGCUAAAUGUGAAGAAGAGAAGCGUCUCUCUAGACAAGGGAUCUAAGUCACGCCAGAAGGUCGUGACAGUAGAUCCAGCUGAGAUUUCAAUGGAGAAAGUUAGGGAGGUGCUUUCAAGAUAGGCCUUACAGAAUUAGAUGAGGCUUAAAAGUCUCUGGAGCAGCAUGCCACCAAGAUGCUUGCCUAUGACAGGUGCUUUUCAGUUGUGAUGAAUGAAAGAAAAGCACAAGAAAACUGGUGAAUUGGUGGGGUCCUAGUUCACCCACUGUUUUUUUCACCCCACAAAUUAAUCGCCUGGAUCAGGCACACAAGAUUGAAAUAUGAAAAAAACAAAUAUGAAAAAAGCACACCACACUUGGAUUUGAACAUCUGAAAGGUUACUGUGUUCACAUAUACAGAGGUAGCAGAUUGGCACCUUCAGUUCAUUACUAUUCGUGGUUUUUUGGUAAAUUAGCUUCAACAAUACCCUAAAAAAUGUAGAAACUCUUUUGAAGCUCAUUCAUGUGAAUAAAAUCUUUCUACCUACUUCCUUCACCAAUCAUAACUUUGCCAUAGACAGCCUUAUAAAAACCAUUCCCAUGAAUGUUAUACCAUUCUAGUGAAGACGCAAGGUGAAGGGGUCAACAAUUUUUACCAGUGAACAAACAAAGACAAAGUAAUAAUUUGGAUUUUUUGUAAAAAAGAAAAAACCCUUUACACCCUGACAUUGGUAUUCAUAUUGUUCACACGCUGUUCUCUCAUACUUCUCUUGAAGAACUGAUUAGGAGAACCUGUUUAAAAAUCAGGUCCCUCCCAAAUUGGUGAUUAUUUCUUUUAUUCUUGACCUUUAUGUUUAAUUUAAGGCAGAUACUUAAGGAGAAAUUAGAAGCCAGUCACUCUUUCAUAGGGGUCAAUGGUUAAAAGGGAGUAUAGAAGCAGUGAAGUUGAAAACUGUUCAUUUUAAUUUUCUACUAAUUUUAUACAUUUGUCAGGUUUCCACAUGACAUUAUAAUCCACUCAAAAAAAAACUACUGUACAAUUAUUUAGAAACAUUGAUUUACCAAAAAUACCUAUCAUUACAAAAAUAGCUUUCACCAUCACUUAAAUUUACCAUUACCAAAGAAGACAAAUACUUUAAUUUCCUUUUAAAAUUAAUUCUAAUGCAAACACAACUCAGGACUGCACACAAGAAUAUUAAAAAAGUAGUGUUAACCACUGCAAAUUACCAUCAUGUACAAGUUCAGUACAAAAGUUACAAUCUUAAAAAAAUAAUGGACCUACUUUUUCCUUUCAAAGAAAAGUUUAAAUGGUUACCAAGGCUGUGAAAGUGCUAUGGAAAAGACAUUAAAGUAGUGUGCAUGUACAAAAAUGCUGCAAAAAGUAAACAUCCUAUUUUGAAUGGAACCUUAGAAAUUAAUAGUACAAUUACAGCUCUUUGAGCAUGUAGUUAAGAAAAUUUAUUGCAAUUUAAAUUCGUAACUUUUGUA